AUGAAGAAAAAAAUAAUAAAGGCAACACAUGAUGGAACAGAAGAAGACAUAUUUGAGAAAUGCUUGGAUAUAAAAAGGGAAACAGAAGAAGACGAGAACAUUGCAUUCCAUCAAAUACAAUAUCUUGACACUGGGAGAUUAAAAAAGAUGCUGGAAGCGAUCUUCCACGGGACAAAUACCGUGGCAACUAUUUAUACUCCAAAAAAUACACCCGCUGAAAGGAGGCCAAAGGAAAGACGCACUUAUGCAGUAGUGGUAGAAAACAAAGGGAAAUCCUAUGAAGAUACCCUAAAAAAAGUGAAAGCUGCCCUGAUAGAGAAGUCACAAGAGGGAAUCCGAAAUAUCAGAAGCACUAAGGAUGGAAAUAUUCUGAUCACAACAGACAAGGAUCAAAGUGUGAUAGAUAAUAUAAAGAAAACUAUUCAAGAAAGAAACAUGCUCGAGGAAGGAAAAAUAAUCAAACUCGGCAAAAAAGAGAAUAAAGAAGUAAUAUUUAUUAGAGGAAUGGACGCCGACACCACCAAGGAAGAAAUGGAGGGAAAGACCGACCAUGAAGGAAAUAUUCAAGAAAUAUGUGAUAACAAUGUAAGUGAUGGCGAAUUCAACGAACCGUUUAUGCCCUCAGAGGACGAGAAUGAUCCAGAAUACCAGCCACCAGUUUUAAAACAAUCAAGAAAGCGUAGUAUGCUGGAUUAUUUUCAUACAAAAGGCAAAAAGCGUUUAAAUACUGCAAUUGUAUUACGCUCACCGUCACCGUUAGAAGAUUUACAAUAUGACAGUCAUACUUCUAUAUCUAUUUCUACUAUUAUUCCGUCAUCAUCACUGUCAUCUUCAUCUUAUAGCCAAAAGGACUCGGACUCACCAUUUUCCAAGUCAACCCCAACCCGAGCCUCGACCCCAUUGCUUUUGGAUGGAAAAUUUUUUCAGGUAGUUGAAAGGUCGACUUCAUCAUCACAAGUGAAAGCACAAUGCCAAAUAUGCCUACCAAGUGUCAAAUACUUUAAAGAAAAUGAUUCCGAACAAUAUAAAGCUGAAGAUGAAGCACUAUUAUUCCAUGAGGAAGAGGAAGACGUAUUUGUUCCAACCGAUAUUGAAGAAAACACCGUCAAGGGGGAUAAAGAACUGAUUCAACCAAGUUUACCGAAUCAUUAUAGAUGUGUCAGCCACACCUGA